AUGUCUUCUUCAUUGCUCAACAACAACGAUAACCAGAGUUUUCAGAUCCCAUCCAACCUCCAGGCGGGAUGCAUGCGAGCCUAUGAAUGGAGUCAAGAAUUGACGGCAAGGGUCAUCAAAGGGUAUCUCCAGUUCAUGAAACUAAAGUUGCAGCUAGAGGAUUGGGAUGCCACCCAACUGUCACCAACACCAGGUGUCGACAAGGUGUGGCACCAACACCUCCUGCACCCUGUCCAUUAUGCCAAAGCUUGCCAAGACUACACAUCAGGUCACAUUAUAGAUCACAAUCCAGAUGGGGGGCUGAAUGUUGCUGCCUGGAUGAAACGGCUCCGCAACACGGAGAUGUGCUUGAAGACACUUUUGGGUCGCAACAAAAUGGAUCAGAUGAUUUGGUCAUUUCUUUAUAUCCAUGACAAGGAAGACGAUGAUGAAAGUGAAGAAGAAGAGACUGACCGCAAGAAACCUCGGCUGUCUCGUUCAGAAGACGAUGGCAUGGUUUCCUUCGAGAUUCGGCAUGCUACAAGGGCUGGUCCCACCAAGACAUUCCGAGUCAACUGUAACACACCCUUUGCGUCCUCCUUUUCGGACUUUCCUUCCAACAAACGCAAUAACCUGAACUAUUUCUUUGGAAACAAGCUUGUCAACGGUGGUGACACUCCCAACGGCAUUGGAAUGGAAUCAGUAUGCCAAAGGACGGGUGAACGCAAGCACCACACCAUGAAAGCUGUACCUCCGCUUACGUCGUCCACUCGCAAUCAAACACUGCCCGUGACAAUCAUCGUUAUGGACCAGACGGGCGAGAAAACAUUUCUCAAACUCAAACGAAACACAGAGAUGCACACUGUGUUUCAAACCUAUGGCACGCGAAAAGGAGUAGAAGAUUUGAACAAUCUUGUAUUCCUCCUGGAUUCCGAACGAAUUGAUCCUUGGCAGACAUGCACAACGCUGGAGUUGGACGAUCAGGAUGAGAUUUUUUGCCUCCUUCAAAUGGCGGGAUGUUAG